UAUUUAGGUCUUAAAUCUCACAAGCCUAGUAUUGGGUAAGGUCGGGGCGUCAUAAUAUCCUCUUUGUGGUAGCUCUCUCCUUUCCUCUCAUUUCUCUUAAUGUUUUCCUCUUUAUUUAGGGUUUUCUUUUGAUUACUCCUCUUCCCGAUUUCAUAAAAUUUUAAUAUUCUCCCACUCCGAAUCGAUCUAUGAUUUGGGCAAUUCCUCUGUUUUUGCUGUAAAUAUUAUUCAAAAUCAAUUUCAUCAAUUAUGUUUUUAUUGCCUUCUUCGUUGAUGACUUGCAACGUGAUAUUCCAAAACCUGCGUGUGUUCGGUCCUGGCUUGAAUCCUUUUUCCCCUUUCUGCGUCGCUCAUCAUUUCUCUGCUUCUCGCUAAUCUGUUUCCCUCUUCUCCUUGUUUUCAUCUCUAUCAUGUAAUCAUUUUUCUCUUCAUCUUAAGCUUUCGAGGGGAUUGAUUGUUUUCCAAGAAUAAAAAGAAAGGGAUCUAACUCUUUGUGAAAAUUUCACGUUUUUACAAAAAUAUCAUGCGUUUCUUCGCCUAAUCAAUCAAAUCUUGGUCUGGGGUUCUCUUUACUUUUUCCGGGUUAAAGGAAAAAAGUCUAUAUAUCUGCAACGGUAUUGGUUGGUUUUUGUUAUUGCUUCGAAGAAUAUGACCCAAGGACAGUCUUUGCGGAGAAAUUUGUCAAGAAGGCGCUCGUUUAGGUGUGGGAUUGAUAGGGAUGAUAGAGGUUGGACAAUGCUCCACAUCGGAGCCCGUAAAGGUGACCUCAUUCAGGUUAAGCAACUGCUCAACGAAGGUGUGGAUGUAAAUGUGGCUGCAUGGGGCCCCAAAUCCCAAGGUGUCACCCCACUCCAUCUUGCUGCUGAGGGUGGCCACCUUGAAGUUAUGGAUGAACUGCUUGAACGUGGUGCUAAUAUUGAUGCAAGAACUAAAGGUGCUUGUGGGUGGACGCCACUUCACACAGCAGCUAAAGAACGAAAGAGGGAAGCAGUGAAGUUCCUGAUAGAGAAUGGGGCAUUUUUGCCAGAUGACAUCAAUGAUUGCAGAUUUAAUCCACCGCUCCAUUACUGCCCUGGCCUUGAAUGGGCAUAUGAGGAGAUGAAGCGUCUUCAAAGAGAUGGCUCUUCUUCAGCAGGGGAGACAUCUUAUAGCUCUGAAAAUUGAUAUUCAAUCAUAUCAAACCGCUGUUGUUUGUUCCUCCUCCCGUGUUUGGUGCUUCCAUUUUUUCUCUUUAAUAAACGCUAGUGGGCUUGUGACGUGUGUUGCUAUAUAUUUUAUUUUGAAGACUGUUGUUUGCAUAUGAAUAUGAUGGCAUGACGCCGACGGCUAGGAAUAAAUUAGUACUCUCAUCUCAUCACAUCACAUGCAUGUGAUAUGAUAGGAUUGAUGAUGUGCAAUAAUUUAAA